ACAGUAACCAAUUGUAAUUUGUAACAGCAUGAUUUUACUCCGAUCAAAACAAACGAGUCCUGAUCGAGUUAAAUAUUUACAACUUUAAAUUGAGAAGAUUUAAUUUAAUUCAUCAUCAUGUCAGUUCAAGAUAUUGGUGGUUGCAAAGUUGUACCACUAAAGUUCAAGCCAGACAGCAGUGCACAACACUAUGUAUAUAUCAAAGAACACAAAGUGCGGGAGAAGUGCCUUGAAAAGCCAUCUGACAGAACACUAUUUAUCAUUGGCGUUCCACCUUAUUGUACUGCGGAAGCUCUGAAGAAUGCCUUUUGCAAGUGUGGGGUCAUUGUAAAUGUCCAUCUGCAAACCAAACCUUCGUCUUCUGCUCCUCCGGCAGACUUUUCUGAACUAUUUCCUAGACACACUCUUAUCAAAGGGUUCAGAGUAGCUUAUGUUGUGUUUGAGAAGUGCUCCGGUCUGGAGUCAGCCCUCAGGUUAGACAGUUUAGAACCUCUCAUUCUGUCUACACAGUCCCACCCUUUAGUCACCGGACUGAGGAAGUGGGCAGCCGAAUACAACAGUAGAGUAGUGGAUGCGUCGGCUUUGCAGACUGAGGUGGACAGUUACAUGGCAACAUUUGACCAAGCCGAGGCAGAAAGACUAGAAUCAGAAAAACAGACUGAGGAUGAAGACGGCUGGGUCACAGUCACUAAACGUGGAAGAAACCCCGGAUUUGCAAGGAAAGAGAGUGUAGCAAACAGGAUAAUGGAUAAAGAACAGAAGAAAAGGUCCAAGAAACAACUCCUCAACUUCUACAGAUUCCAGAUUAAGGAGUCAAAAAUGAACCAUCUCAUGGGCUUAAGGCAAAAGUUUGAAGAAGACAAGAAGAAAAUAGCCUUACUCAAGCAAACAAGAAAGUUUAAACCAUUUUAGUUAUAAUCUAUACUGUUAAUACACUUUUUUAGUAUUUUAUAAA